CCUCCUCCUCUUCAUCCUCCAAGAAGCAGAGAGCGAAGCAAGCUCGAAUCGAUUUCCAACCCAGAGGAUUUGAUUAGCUUUGACGCAGACCAAGAUCAUCUGAUCAAUGGCGUCCAUGCAGAAGAGCCGCGAGGAGCGCGCGGAGGCGGCGGCGCACAGGGCGGCCGACGAGCUCCACGCCGCCAGGCGGGACGAGCCUGGCGGCGGCGGAGGCGGCAUGCUGGGCACCGUGCAGGAGAGCGCGCGGUCCCUCCUCGGCGCCGUCCGCGACAAGAUCCCCGGGCCCGGCAGCGGCGGCGCUGGCGCAGGCGCAGCCGCCGGGGAGGGGAAGGCCGCCGAGGCGAAGGGCUUCGCGGCGGACAAGGCGGAGGGCGCGCGGCGCGCGCUCGCGGGAUCCGCGGCGGCGAGGAAGGGCGAGACGGACGAGUCCGCGUGGCAGCACGGGGAGGACGUGCGGCGGCGCGCCGCGGAGAAGGCCGAGGAGGCGCGGCGGCGGAGCGAGCCUCAGCCGUCGUCGGAGGAGAAGGGGAGGUCGGCGACGGAGAACAUCUACGGGUCGGCGGCGAGCGCGGCGGAGGCGUUCAGGCAGAAGAUGACGAUGCCGGAGGACGUGGUGGAGCAGAAGCGCGCCGAGGCUGCCGCCGGCGGGAACAAGGGAACAGCCGCCGCGACGGCGACGGCGACGAACACCGGCGGGGAGGCGGCGGCGGAGGAGGUGAUGAUGCGGGUGAAGGCGGCGGACCAGAUGACGGGGCAGGCGUUCAACGACGUGGGCAAGAUGGGGGAGGAGGGCACCGGCAUGGCGGCCGGAGAUGGUGGGCGCCGCCGCUGAGAUCGCCGGAGCCGACCGCGCGGCGCCACGCCACGGUGUUUUUGCUCGUCGCGUUUUGUACUAAUCUCAGUAUAAUCUGUAAUGUAAAUAUGUAAUGCGGCAGUUAAAAGUAAUAAAAUAUCCCCUAAUCACUUGUCCAAAGCA